AUACAACUGUUAAAGCACAUUGAUAUCAGGUUAUUUUUGUGAUAGUACUGUAAAAUAACGAUAACCUGGUUGAAAAUGUAAUAUAAUUUUAAAAAAAAUUGGAAAAUUGCCACUCUAGCUCACUAAAAUAUAUUGAAAUUUUCUAAAUGUCUAUUUUCAUAUGUAAAAUAUUACUCAAGGAAACCAAUAAAAGGAAAUAUAUAAAACAGUAAUGGAAAUAGACGAUGAAGAUUUGGUUGUUAACAAUGCUGAUUUACACAAUUAUUUAAAAAAUGAGGGUUACACGGAAUUCGAAGUCAUUAAUAAAAAUAUUAGAAUGCAACAGAAUUAUAAUGAGAAUAUUGUAGGACAAACUACGUUUUUUACAGAUAAUCAAAAUAUUCCAGACAAUGAGUUUUAUUUGAUUUUGAUCAUGAAAAUUUUAAGUAGUAAUUUGGUGUUUAAAGAAGAUUCUCUUUUUAUAAAAGAAUUUAUUCCAUCAAGUAAUGUGAAGUACCCUUUAUUUUUUACUAGAAGAAAUUGUUGCGUUACUUUGAGCUUAUGUUUUAUUGGCUGUAUUAUUCAUUUGUAUAUAUCUGGUUUUUAUACUGAGUUGGUGAUUGCUAAAAUUUUCAUCUUCUGGUUUGGGUAUCUUCUAUUUGAGAAGUUUUUUAAUUGGUACAAAAAAAAGAAAAUAGAAAACAAUAUAUCUAGUACUAUUCAAUCAAUGGUAAAAUUAUCACUACUAGUACAGAAAUGUUAUCAUUUUCUACAUGAUUGUGACAAUCUAUACCAGAUUUAUACUUAUGCAAAUAAUUCAAAGGACAGUAAAAAAAACUGUUUUGGAUAUUUAUUGAUGCCAGAAUUAAAAGAAAAAUUUAUAAUUCUUCUUCAUAAUUUAAUAAAUCAUCAUGUGAGUAAUAUCACUGAAAUACAAAAAAAAAUUCUGUUUAAGGAAUUUGUAUCAAACUUCGUUUAUUUAUAUCACAGUGAUUGCAAAUUUGACAUCCAAAACUUUUCAUUGGAAAAUAUCAAUAAAGCAAAAUAUAUAUUUUUUUUGUUGCAAUCAGAGUUUUUAAAGUUAUCAGCUUUGUGUUUAUGUCCUGUUUUAUGGAAAGUUAACUGUACUGCUCAAAUUAACUACUUAUUUUCCUCAAUUACAAACUUAAAUAAAGUAUACUGUGACUUAAAUGGUCCUCUAUAUGAAGAAUUUAAUGUCUACUCUUUAUUUACUAAUAAUAAAAAUUAUAAUCAUGGUAAUGAAAAAAAAGAUGUUAUUGAUUCUGAUCUUAAAUCUAAAAUUGUUAGUGUACGACAGCACAUACAAAAAAUGAUGGUGCAUAUCAAAUUUAUAGAAGAUUCAUUUGAUAGUGAUUCAAAACCAAAUCAAGAGCUGAAUGUUUCAUUAGAUAAAUUAUCUAAAGAAGCUCAUGUUUUUAAUGAAUUGAUUUCUACAUUACAAAUCCACAUACUUAAAUAUAAUAAUAAAAAUUACAUUAAUGAAGAAAACCUUUUUGAAAAUACUAUUAAUAUCAAUCAAGAAAUAGAUAAAAAAUAUGAUGAAGUGAAUUUUAAUAAUUCAUGUGAAGAUGAAUUAUUCUUUGGAAUUUCUGAUGACAAAUCAUUAGAAGUUGAAAAUACAUGUAAUAACAAUGAAAUUUAUGAUACAGCUCACAAUGCAAAUUUAAUAAUGGAACUUAGGGUAGCACUUCAAGGUAAGCAAAUAGAAUGGCAAGAGAGGGAAUCUAAUUUAUUAAAAAAACAUCCAGAGCUAAGUAAAAAUGUAUCUCAUGAUGAAAGUACUGAUUCUGAAGAAUAUGAAGCAAAGCAUAGUAUUCGUAAAGUAGCCAGAGAUUUUCCAUUGGAAAAUGUAUUUCCUAUGGCUUUACCUAUCCAAAAUUUUGCUAAUGAUAUUGCAAGUAUUGCAUCUACAUGGAACAAUAUAGCUGUUGAAAGCUUUGGAAAUGAUUCUGAUACAGAAUCAGAAUCAGUAUCUGACCAAUAAAAUAUUUAUAAAUGAAAAAAGUUAUGUUGGACAAUAGAAUUUAUAAUACCUUUUGAUAAAAAGGUAUGAAGAUAAGUUUUUUUUGGGUACUUUAAAAAUUACAUCAAAUACACUUCUAGGUUUACAUAUGAAGUAUAAAUUUUAAUUAGAGAUGAAAAAAGUGGUGUACAAGAAUUUCAAACUUUUAUGCUCAGUAUACAAAAAAAAAAAUAUCUUAUAGAAAUUAUUUGGAACUAUAAUUUUUGUUAUUUCAUAAAAUAUUUUUUACUGAUUUUUAUAAAAAUUCCUAUUUUAUGAGUAUUUCAUUUAUAAAAUAGGUAUAAUCCCCAAAAAGUUAUGUUAAAUGGUCAUUUUAUCAAGGAUUUCAUAUUAAUUGUUAAAAACUAUUAAAUGCUUUAUUAUUUA